AUGCAGCAAGGCAAUGCUGUGCCAGCCAGCCAGCCAGCCAGCCAGCCAGCCAGCCAGUCAGCCAGCCUGUCGGCGUGCGUCAGUCCAGCCAGCACGCAGCAGGCAGCAGCCAGCAGCGGUCUCUGCCAGCGGCGGUCCUCGCCAGCAGAGGUCCCCGCCGGCAGCCAGCAGCGGUCCCUACUGGCAGCCAGCAGCGGUCUAUGCCAGCAGCCAGCAGUGGUCCUCGCCUGCGCCAGUAGCCAGCAGCAGUCCCCGCCACCAGUGGUCGCAGCCAGCGGCCAGCUGUGCGGUCCCCGCCGGCAGCCAGCAAUGGUCCCCACCGGUAGCCAGCAGCGGUCUACGCCAGCAGCCAGCAGCGGGCCUCGCCUGCGCUGGCAGCAGCCAGCAGCCAGCAGCCAGCAGCCAGCAGCAGUCCCCGCCACCAGCAGUCGCAGCCAGUGGCCAGCGGUGGUCCUAGCUGCCCCCACCAUCCGCCAGAAGCAGCAGCAGCAGUAG